CAGUCUCAGUGCUGGAUCCUGCUUGCCACCUGCUCUCCUAGGUGAGAACCUCUGCACUAGCUCUUCUCAAUCCAGCUUGUCUUGCUUAUAGCAACAGGAGGGAUUUUAAGGAUUUAAAUUUUUGAUUAUUUUUUUUUUGGAACCAACGUCAAGUGCCUUCUCUCAGGAUCUUUUUUGAAAGCAAAGGCAGAUUUUUUUUAAAACUUGAUCUGCUAUAAGAGAAGAAAAGAAAUUGUACCUUGUUUUAAAAAGGGCUUUGGGCUACCGCUCCUGAUAUUUUGUCAUAUUCCAGUUCAGAUAUUUCACCAGUAGUGACGUGGUAACUAUAAGGACCCGAGGCAAACAAGAAGCCAAGAUGUCUGAGAAAAAAAUGUCAUCGAGUCGGAGGCAUCAGCUAAAGAGCUUGAUGCUCUCCAUUGCGAAGAGUCGGCUGGAAGCUGAGGUAAUAGCAAUUGAAGGAGCGAAGAAGACUUAUAUGGAGGAAAACUGCCCAGGCCCGGACCUCUCAGGCUCUAUGGCUGACCUUCAGGAGCUAUGCAAGAAGCUCCAUGCAAAGAUUGACAAAAUUGAUGAGGAACGAUAUGACAUGGAAACCAAAGUGAGCAAGGCCAACAAGGAGAUCGAGGACCUGAAGAUCAAAGUUCAGGACCUGCAGGGCAAGUUCAAGAAGCCAGCUCUGAAGAAAGUUCGUCUGUCUGCCGACCAGAUGCUUCAGGCUCUGCUGGGCUCCAAGCACAAGGUGAACCUGGACCUAAGAGCCAACUUGAAACAAGUGAAGAAGGAGGUCAAAGAGGAGGACAAGGAACCUGUGGGGGACUGGCGUAAGAAUAUUGACGAAAAGGCAGGCAUGGAUGGCAGGAAGAAGAUGUUUGAGACCUCCUAAAUGACCUUCCUUACUGCUCUAUUUAUAAUCUAUGACUGUUUUGUAUAUGACCAUCAAUUAUCUGACUAUAGCCAGUAUAUUUAAAAACAAAUUGGCAAUUUGUAUUAUUUCUGUCUUUGAACAGCAAAUAUUGUACAAGCAUGACUGAAGUUAAGACAUCUAAAAUAAAUAUCAAAAGUAUCUUAAUGA